AUGUUUUCCAUUGGCAACGCCAAGGUGCGUGCAAUCCUGGUGGCUUGCGGGGGUGACCUUUCCAUGUCUGCAGCAGAAGACCCACAUGUCGGCACUGAACCGUUGACAAGUGGGUGGUCGCCCAAGCAGGAAGAGGACCAUGUGGAAUGGUUGCUGCCGAAACCGACCUUGGCCAUGCAAUAUGUCCUUCAGAACGCACCAGCUGGUCAGGCUGAUCAGGUCCUCGCGGGCUUGGAAUCAUUUGCCCUGCGGGUGCCAGACCUCGGACGUAAGAGCAUUAUUGAUCGCAUCUUUGCGGAAAGAGACCUGCACAAGUCUUGCGGCGCAAAAGUCAACAACUUGCGAAAGCCUGAGAAGAGCGUCAUGGUCAUGUGGGCUCCAAUGCGGCUCAACAUUCUUCUGGUUCUAUGUCGACAUGUUUGGCACGGAGUCAGCGGAAGCACGAAGAUGAUUCGUCAGGAGGAUGCGCUUCCUGGCCGGCCACAACCUUUGGAGGUGAGCGCCACGCACUAUGUGCUGGGAACGCCGAUGAAAGGUCCGUGGCCAGCAGGCACGUCGAAGUUGGUGUUUGCCAACGGCUGCUUCUGGGGCAGCGAGAAGGGAAUCUGGCGCUUACCAGCUGGCAUCUUCUCGACAGCUGUGGGUUACGCUGCAGGUUUUACGCCCAAUCCGACCUAUGAGGAGGUCGUGACAGGCAGGACCGGCCAUGCCGAGGCGGUCCAAGUCGUUUUUGACCCGGCCAAGAUUGACCUUGUGGACAUCCUGAGAUGGUUCUGGGAGGCUCAUGAUCCCACCCAGCACAUGGGACAAGGAAAUGAUAUCGGCACACAGUAUCGGAGUGGCCUGUACUACUUCGAUGAGGACCAAAAGGAACUCUUCCUGGCCAGCAAGAGAGCAUAUCAGGCUGCGCUACAAGCUGCUGGAAUUCAUCGCGAAGUGUCAACAGAGAUUCGAGAUGCAUCAGAUUUCUCAGAUGGAGUUUUCUACUAUGCGGAGGACUAUCACCAGCAGUAUCUGGCCAAGCCUGGCGCACGUCCGUACUGCUCAGCGCAGCCACAGCAAGUCUCUCUUCCUCCUUUCUUUGAGUGGGCAACGCCAUCCCUACGUGCGAAGUUCGGGCCACGGCUCCCAGAAACCUUCUGGAAGAUGCAUAGCCCAAAACCCCACAGCGUGGUGCGAUCGCUGGAUUCCCCCAUCGAGUGGUCCCAGUUUACAGCAAGGACCGAGCUUUAA